GCCUCCUCUCUUAUAUAACUGCCUUAGCUUGAAAUUCUCUCUCUCUCUCUCUCUACAACCAAGAAAGAUUAUUCCUGGUUGUAAUGAAGUGAAGCACAAAGAUGAGAGGUUUCCUGUUGUUAAUAGAGUGAGAGAGCCUGAUGAUCAAAAUGAUGAUGCUGGUAAAAGUGAAGGUCAUGAUGUUCAUGAUUAAUGUGAUUCUGACGACCAUAAUGUGGACUACAUGUCCAUAGGUGGCGGAAGCGAUUAUGGUGACGGGGAUCCCGAUGAUGAUAAUGUUGACGAUGACGAUGAUGGGACAAAUGAUGAAAGGGGAAGCAGCGAUGGAGAUGAGGAAAUCUGGGAAAAAGGAGUUAGCAGGUGAAGGUAAUGUUGACUUCUAAAAACUGGAUUUACGGAGUUAGCAGAUGCUACAACCAUAAUAGUACCAACCCAGAACAUAACCAGUCCUAGAAGUAGCAAAAACUAGAAUGAUGAGGAAAUCGGGGAAAAAGGACAAUGGAGAUAUCACACACAUCCAGCACCGCGAAGUCUAAACCGAAAUACUCACAAUUCUUCACCACUUUAAGGGUGCGUUUUCACUAAAUUUUUCUAUCUUCAGACUAAUGACAAUAGUCAAGUUGUUUUGGCUAAGAGGGUAGAUACAGUACAUGAAAGAUAUAGAUGAAAAUGUUCAUGUGAGACACAUGAACACUUUCAUGUAUCCUAACACUUUUGUUCAACUAAAUGGUACUUUAGUUCAUGUAUAUGAGAAGAGUGAAAUAACUAGAAUUCUGUAAAAACGUGAGCUUUUAGUCCAUUUAGUAUACUGUAAACAGCCCCUAAGCGUACCCAAAGUGAAUGAGCCGGUACCUCCUCACAGCUCAAACCAAAUUCUUCACCCUUGAGCAAAACAUGACAUCAUCCACUUACUUCACAUCUGUGAUAUCACAACAGUUCAUUAUUGUUAGCCUUUAUUUACUCUGUAAUGUGAACGUAUGCAAAAAGUACUAGUAUGUAUAUGCUUAGCAAUAGAUACGAAGAGAUAUACUCAAUCAUUAGUCUUUGGUAUUCCUCAUUUAAUAAUUGUCCUUUAUUGUCUAAAAUGUGGAUGGUCUUUAUGGCUGUAAUGCUGUAUCCCCUGGCUGUAUACUCCUUUUUCUGUUUUUGAUUCCUUCUUGUCUGGGCCGGAGACUUUGACUCUAACCAGAGUGCAGCGAGUUGCUGUAGUAAAAUGAAUCCACUAUAGAUAGACUUGUGCAUUUCUCCUUUUGUAGUAAAAUGAAUCCACUCCACCAUAGGUAGACUUCUGCAUUUCUCCUUUUGCAGUAGUAGUAAAAAUGAAUCCCCUCCACUAUUGAUAGACUUCUUCGUUUCUCCUUUCUACUACACCUCUGUUCUUGAACUCAAUGGCAUCCUCUUCAUCUCUUUCCACCGAACAAGUUAAACCACCACAACAGCCAGGGCUUCCUUUCCGUCCCAAACCCAGUUCCUCAUCUUGUUUCACACCACCUCUUACAUGUCUUGAAUUCCUUUCUUGCCUGCAGACAGACCAGAUCAUGCCAAUCCACAAGAUCAACGACGUGGUAAUCCCAACUCUGAUUCAUUACCUGUCCCAAUGCAAUCCCCGUCUUUGUUCGUCCGAGAGUGGUGAUAGCUCUCCACUCCAGGAGACGUAUGAUAUAAUUGACGGAGAUCUUUCCAACAUCAAGAAAACCCUUGAAAGACUCAAAGAAUGGGAAGACAGCCUCAACACUCUUACCAAAACUUUGAUGCUCUACGAUUGGGAAGCUCUCUGCAGUGAAGAAACAAACUCUGUUGAGGUUUUACAAACUGCAAUUCCUAAAGUCCAUGAGAUGGUAUCGGGAUUAAAAUCCCACAUUUCUCUACCUCUUGAAACCUCUUUAGCUCCUAAAUCUUCAGACAUUUCUCACCUCCCAAUACCCAAAAAUGCAGCCUCGAUUCUAAAAUGCAGUGAAAAUUUCCCAGAGACUGACACCUCUGUCAAUUUUAAAAAACGUUAUGAUACCCUCAAUUCCCAACAGCAACAGAGCUUGUUGUAUUUCUCAUUUUUCCCGGAAAAUUCUCUGAUCAGGAAAAAGGUCCCCACUUACUUGUGGAUGGGAGAGGAAUUCCUCCAAUCCACCGCUCAUGAGAUUGGGAGGAGAUUGCCGAUUCGUUGUUUGAAGAGCUAAUUGCCAUGGGAUUCGUUGAGCCCGUCGAAGAAAACGUCAAAGGAGACUUCAAUGUAUGCUCGGUAAAGCCAGAUAUUCGAUCAGCUUUGCUCGAAAUAGCCCAUACUAAGGGCUUCUUUGAUUUCGAUUCAGACGACAACCCCACUGCCAAUUCUCGCAGAGCAUGGUUGGAGAAAACUAAAGAAGGGUCAUUACAACAUCUAUCCAAGUUCUCGAAUCACAACAAGCUCCUAACUUUAUUCAAUAUCAACAACUUUAUUCAAUAUCAACGAGAAUUGCCUCGAAUUCCCAAGCCGCUGGUUAUCAAAGAAGGAGGACAUCGCAGUGAUUCAUCUGGGAAAUUGGAGCAGUAGUUCCACAGACAACUACAUUGAAGCAGAGUACCCAGAUUUCUUAAAAUAUUUGCACGAUGCGAAACUCCUGAGGUGUUUGAGCCUCAAUGGGAUCUGUGGAAUCACACAGCUUCCAGAUUCCAUUUCCAAAUUAGCCCUUCUCAACAUAUUGGACCUGAAAUAUUGCCGGGAUUUGGAGAAGUUGCCCAAGGAGAUAGGUAUGCUCAGAAAGCUAACGCACUUGGACAUAUCCGGCUGUUACCUACUGGACGAAAUGCCUAAGGAACUUGCUUCGCUUUCAGAGCUCCGAGUUCUCAAGGGAUUCAUUAUUUUUAGCUCAAGGAAAGGAACUAAGCAGUGCACUCUUGGUGAUUUGGUGAAAUUGGGGAAGUUGAGGAAACUCAGCCUCUAUGCCGACAAAGAGACCACUGGAGAAAAUGGAGAGCUGAACUACUUAUCAGAGUUUCGAUACUUGCGAAUAUUAGCAAUAUCGUGGAUUGCACCAUGUCCUGAUCCCCAAUCAGAGCCAAUCAAGAAGCUCAUCGACACAAGUGUGGUGUCCCCAUCGCUUCCUUCUGGCUUAGAGAAAUUAGACUUGAGGUGUUGGCCUUUGUCGACGAUGCCCAGUUGGAUAAAGCCAAGUGAACUCAACAGCUUGAAGAAACUCUACAUCAGGGGAGGAAAGCUUUCGCGUAUGCAAAUUAUACAAGUAGAGGGGUCUAAGUCACAAUGGAUGGUUAAGAUCUUACGUCUCAAGUUCUUGAGAGAACUGAGCAUGGAUUGGGAAGAAGUAGGUACAUUGUUUCCAAACUUGGUGUACUUCGAGAAAGUGGAUUGCCCUCAGCUAUCGUCCUUUCCAUUCCAGGUUGUGUGGAGAGUCUAAAAUGGAAGCACCAGUAGAUAAACAUGAGGAGAAUAAGGAAUCAUGUUGUUGCAGCUUUGUUCAUAUCAAUCCUGUAAAGCAUAUUUAGUUAUAAUCAGUUUGCUAUGUAAGUAAUGACGAUUAUCAACUUGUUAGAACCAUGGUUAGGAGUUAAGUUGGUUGUCACUCUGCAAUACUCUGUCUCUGUUGGAAUUAAUGAAGAAUCACUUCUGUAUUUU